AUGUACAACGAAUGCUUUUGGUGGUUGCUGCAGUCGGCACGUUGUCAGUUGAAACCGCAAGCACCGGACACCAAGGGAACCGGAGUCGAAGUUACGCCCAUUCAUUUUAAUUCAAAAACGACUUUGUGUUCUGUUCUUUAUACAACUCUUAACUUCGAGGUUGGAAUUCUGCUUCUGUAUUUUCUCACGUCAACUGAAGCUAUGAAUUACAGGCAAGAGAAGUCCGUGAGGUUUCAGGGUUGGAAAGUGGACAAAGGUUUUGAUGGUCAACAUCCAGCUGAAGAUGGAGUGCGACGGGGCACACUAAGAUCAACAAUGCACUCAGUUUCCAACAAAUUCCAUAGUCGCCUGGAAAGUGGCUCAGAAAAAUUUCAAAAGUUUACAGAAUCGGUCAAAUCGUUCUCAUCCAGAAGGUUCCUAGCCAAAGAUGGGGAAUCUAGUAAGAAAAUUCUCGAUCCACAAGGACCUUUUCUUCAGAAAUGGAACAAGAUAUUUGUAAUAUCGUGUCUUAUUGCUGUCUCCUUGGAUCCUUUGUUUUUCUAUAUUCCUGUCAUAAACGAUGAUGAUAAAUGCCUUGAUUUGGACAAAACAUUGGAGGCCACAGUCAGUAUAUUACGAUCCUUCACCGAUUUCUUUUACCUUAUCCACAUUAUCUUCCAAUUUCGUACGGGUUUCAUUGCCCCUUCUUCACGUGUGUUCGGGCGAGGUGUUCUUGUUGAAGAUUCUUGGGAAAUAGCAAAGAGAUAUUUGUCUUCUUACUUCUUAAUUGACAUUCUUGCAGUUCUUCCGCUCCCACAGGUUGUCAUUUUGAUUGUGAUUCCCAAGCUGAAUGGUGCUAGAUCUUUGAACACUAAGAAUUUGUUAAAAUUUGUCGUGACAUUGCAAUACAUACCAAGGGUUCUUCGAGUCUAUCCUUUGUAUAAAGAAGUCACUAGAACUUCUGGAAUACUCACUGAAACAGCAUGGGCUGGGGCUGCGUUUAACCUUUUUCUUUACAUGCUUGCCAGUCAUGUAAUUGGAGCCCUUUGGUACUUGAUUUCAGUAGAACGUGAAACUGCUUGCUGGAAGGAAGCUUGCAGGGGUCAGUCUGCUUGUCGACAUGCUUCAUUGUAUUGUGAAGCUGAUCACACCGGAUUCAAACAAUUUUUGAACAACUCCUGUCCUAUACAGGAAUCAAAUGGUACUUCUUUUGAUUUUGGGAUAUUCCUUAAUGCUCUUCAAUCUGGUGUCGUGGGAUCAACAGAUUUUCCUCAGAAGUUCUUUUACUGUUUCUGGUGGGGCCUGCAGAAUUUGAGUUCCCUUGGUCAGAAUCUCAAGACAAGUACUUAUGUUUGGGAAAUUUGCUUUGCAGUUUUCAUUUCUAUCUCUGGUCUGGUGCUAUUUGCGUUUCUGAUUGGAAACAUGCAGACGUAUCUGCAAUCUACAACACUAAGAUUAGAGGAGAUGAGGGUCAAAAGGCGAGAUGCAGAGCAAUGGAUGUCUCACCGAUUGCUCCCUGAGAGUCUGAGAGAACGAAUCAGGAGGUAUGAACAAUACAAAUGGCAGGAAACUCGGGGCGUUGAUGAAGAAAAUCUGAUUCAUAAUCUUCCCAAGGAUCUCAGGAGAGAUAUUAAGCGACAUCUAUGCUUGGCUUUGCUUAAGAGAGUCCCUAUGUUUGAAAAAAUGGAUGAACAACUUUUGGAUGCAUUGUGUGACCGUCUUAAACCCGUGCUUUACACUGAGGAUAGCUUCAUAGUGCGGGAGGGUGAUCCGGUUGAUGAGAUGCUGUUUAUAAUACGUGGAAAAUUGCUGACGGUGACAACAAAUGGUGGAAGGACUGGCUUUUUAAAUUCUGAUUAUUUAAAAGGUGGUGACUUUUGUGGGGAAGAGCUCCUCACAUGGGCGCUCGACCCUCAUUCGUCAGCCAACCUCCCAAUCUCAACCAGAACUGUGCGAGCCCUCGCAGAAGUCGAAGCAUUUGCCCUAAUGGCCGAUGAUUUGAAGUUUGUAGCCUCUCAAUUCCGACGACUACACAGUAAACAGCUCCGUCAUUCUUUUAGGUUUUACUCACAGCAGUGGAGGACGUGGGCAGCAUGUUUUAUACAAGCAGCAUGGCGCCGGUACUAUAGGAAGAAACUGGAAGAGUCUCUCUGGGAGGAGGAGAACAGAUUGAAAGAUGCAUUGGUAAAGGGUGGUGGAAGUUCGCCUAGUUUAGGGGCAACCAUUUAUGCUUCACGAUUUGCGGCAAAUGCUCUUCGUCUUCUGCGACGCAAUGGUACGAAGAAGGCGAGAAUACCAGACAGGAUAUCGCCCAUACUGCUUCAGAAACCAGCUGAACCAGAUUUCACUGCUGAAGAAAAAUAA